UUCUCUCAUGGAAAUAUAUAAUAAGGAACCUGUAUGAGGGAGAUACAGUCAGCCUCUACACGUGUUAGUCGACGCACAGCCAGCGCUCCACUCAAACAGACUCACAACAUGAAGACGUGUGGAUACCUUGCCGUCCUCCUCCUGGCGAUUGUCGGCGUGGUGGUGGCGGUGACGGAGGCCCCGGCGAACCGGGAGUGCAGCAAGGGGGACUUCAACUGCGGCACACAUUGCAUCCCCGCGCAGUACGUGUGUGACGGCUUCUUCGACUGUCCCACGGGCGACGACGAGCUUGACUGCUCCGAGGGUAACUUCCCACACGCCAUCGCCGACGACCACGUGGGAAUGGACGCCCCGACCUUCGACCUGGAAUUCCUAUGAUGAAGAAGCGAGCCGAGAGGGAAGGAAGGAGUGAAGGAAGAAAAAAAGAAA